UUAUACGGUAUAUUUUCGCCGGAAGUCGAUCGCCGCGAUAUGUCGCAUACGCGCGGUACCAUGUACAUACAUACAUACGUAUACAUAAGAAAUCUGAAUGCCUCUCGUAUAAUUCGAAACGUGGACGCAAUCAAAUGUAUUACACGUGGUGUAAUCGCGGUAUACCGUACCGGUCCAUAAAAAUCCACCUCUUCGGUACUCGGCGGGUUCUGCUCGGGUGGUGAUUUCAACAGAGGACUACUUUAUCGUUGCGAGUCGUAUAUCGAACCGGUAAACGACCGCCGUGUUAUGUACCUUAAAAAGAGAAUUUUGAUCAAUGCGUAAGCCAGCUGUAUAAAAUACUACGUUGUUGACCGCCCUCUCAGCUCUCAUUGCCGACUUGCAACAAAGAAGAGACUUGAUGCGUCCCGUAUUUCGGCGCUGCUGAGUAUACGUAUGUAUAUAAAAAUAUAUUCUAACAGUAAAUGAUAAAAUGGCUGAUAUCUACGCCAGCGUCGCGUCGUUUCUCGGCAGAAAGAGUAGUACGAAUCGAAAGACCGUCUCUUGUUUAUUUUCCAUUUUCAAACACGGGCGGGACACGAUUUCCGAGUGAUUCGAUACCCGGAGAAUUAUACAUACGGUGCCUCCGAAGAGCGCCUCUCAUCUGACGCCCCGAGGGCAGACGGAGAGGCGUCGACCACCAUUUCUGAGAGGAACUGUGAGAAGUAGAGAGUCAGGGGGUACCGGAAGUGCGGGCAGAAUGGAAUCAGGACGAAGCGGGGUCUUGGGAAGUGGCGGUGGGGAUGGAGGCAGUGACGAUGAUUUGGCGCCUGAUGCUUUGGUCCGACAAAAUUUCGAACUCCGUCAUCGUCUGGAGGAAGAGGCAGCCGGUUACAAACGGCGACUAGACACCUACCGACAGGCCCAGCAGCAUCAGGCUGCCCUCGUAUCCCGUUUGCAGGCUAAGGUGCUGCAGUACAAGCAGAGAUGUUCGGAUUUGGAAAACCAGAUGAUGGAAGCGGUGCCAAUGGACAUCGGCAGAGGGGCGUCCAACUCUGCGCCGAGUGGUUCGGCGCUCGACGCUGCACAUCAGACUCUUCGAGAAUUGCGCGAAGAGCAAAUUCACGAUCUGGACACGGCGCUGAAAAAACUUGCGGAUGAACGCCGGAGGUGCGAGAAGAUUCUACAAGUUAACGCGUCCUUGAAAGAUCAACUGGAGGAAGCUCAUCAAACGAACGAAGCUUUGACAACGGAUCUCCAGAAACUUAGCAACGACUGGGACGCUCUCAGAGAGGAAAUGACCAUCAAGGAAGACGAGUGGAAAGAAGAGGAGCAGGCUUUCAACGAAUAUUACACUUCCGAGCACAAUCGGUUGCUAAAUCUCUGGCGGGACGUCGUCUCCGUGAAAAGAUUAUUCUCGGAAAUGAAGUCCGCAACGACGAGAGACCUAUCGAAAAUACAAAAUGAAAUAUCCAUGACCUCCAGAGAAAUGGCGUCCGCAUGCAGCAGCGCUAAUUUCGCGAUGAAGAUGCAAGCGACCACCGCUCAAUCAUCGGUAUCGCAGCAAUUCCAGCAGGCUCAAGCCGCCUGCGAUAUGAAAUCCGAGAACGUCGCUCUGAAGCAACAAUUCGACAAUGCCCAAAAUGAAAUUCGCGCUAAAGAAGAUCGCAUAAAUCAACUGAUUCGCGAGGUCCACACUCUGGAGGAAAGAUGCGCUGAAGCGGAAUCUGGAAUGGGUCAGGUAGUACGGAUGCAGGAAGACGUAGAACUUCUUCAGUCCGCGUUACGCGAUAUCGCCCACGCCGUUAUUCAGGACGCGGAGUCACGGGAUGUUGAAAAUACGCAGGCACCGCCGCACGUUCAUCUUUCCCCAACCGGAGCCGUUCCGCAACGAUCACCCAAGAGAGGUACUCGAAGCAACGCAACGCCAGCGUUUGCCGAAAGUACGAUCAGUGCGGUGCAGGCAGCCCUGCAUAAAUACCAGCUCAUGAUCCACGAGCUCCAGGUGAAACUGCAAACGAAUAAAGAGCAGUUGACGAUGGCUCGAAAGCAGUGCGACGCCGCCGACGAAUCGAAUCAAGCACUCGAAGAGAAAGUUUCCGAAUUAACUUCGCAAUUGGAUGCUUCCAGAUCUCAUUGUACUCAACUUACGCAAGAAAAAGAUUUGAUACAGAAGAAUCUCGAUGCUAUAAGAUCGGAGAAGAAUGCUCUUGACAAAAACCGGAUUGAAAUUAACUCUAUGGUCGAAGCCCUCAAUACCGACUAUGAGAAACUUCAGAAGAGCAAUAACAAGCUUCAAAAGUUGGUCGACAAUCUUGAGGACGAAAAACUCUACCUGCAGACCGAACUCGAUCGGUUGAAUAAGGAUUCCGAACUUAGGGAGAUAAGCCUUCGAGCGGAGGAGGAUCGGUGCAGCAGGAUGCGGGAAGAACUGCUCACUUUGAGGGAAGAAUUGAACAAAACCUACCUGUCGAAGGAUAUGUUGGAACAACAAAAAAUGGAAUCUGAUGGCCUGAUAUCACAAAUCGAAAAAAGCAAAGGUGACCUCGAACUGGAGUUGGAACGAAUUUUACUGGAAAAAUCCGACCUUCAAGAAGCUUCGGCCAAGCUGGAAGCCAUGUUUGCUAACGGUGAACAGGACAAAAAACGUUUGCAGGAUGAAUUGAAAAAGAUGCAAGAUGAGAAAAGUAAACUCGGAAGUCAAUGUACCGAUCAGCAGGGUGACUUGGGAUCCCUACGGAAGGAAUUACUGCAAGCUGAACAAGCUCGCCUUGAUUUAGAGUCCGAUAAAGUGACGCUCAAUGAAAAAGUCAAGUUCCUGGAGAUCGAAAAAGAGAAGGUCGAAAUAGAACUUGGACAGGUUUCACGAGAGCGCGGUGAUCUUAGCAAUCAGCUUUCCGUUCUCGCUCGGAAAAAAGAAGUACUCAACGAGGAACUCAUGCGACUGAGACAACGGCUGGAACAGGCGAACGAAAUGAAUUCGCGAAUCAACAGAAAUUUGGAAGACCUUGUCAAGGACAACGAAGAAAAACAGGUCUUGCUGGAAACUACCGACAAAGAGCUGCAGCGUCUUCAAGAGCAGCUAGCGUCGGUGCGUAGUGAGAAAGAGGCGUUGGAGGGGGUAUUAUUCGAUACGCAGACAAAUCUUGAGGCGACGCAUAUCAAGAAAACUCAAUUGGAAAAGGAACAGCAGGAACUUUUGGUGAAACAAGAAAGUCUGAAAGGCCAAGUAAUUCGGCUUACAAAAGAUUUGGAGAACAGCGAGAAGCGAGCUCACGAUAUCAAACAGACUUUAACUCAGCAAAGCGGAAACCAAGAGGCUGAAUUCCAUCAGAUCAUUGCAAAUAUGAAGAAACAGAACGACGACAACGUUAGAAAACUUGGCGAGGAGAAGGAACAAAUAAGAAUCUCUUUGGAAAAACGACUUCAGCAAACAGUCUCCCAACUUGGAGGUGAAAAAGAUGACGAAAUAGCGCAGCUUCAACAGAGGAUUGAAGACCUUCAACAACACAUUGAAAACUUGUGUCAACAACAUGAGGAGGUUCUUCUGAGAGCAGAAAACGACAAACAACAAUCCCUGCUUAUAGCCCACCACGACCAGCAAGCUCUGAUGGAAAAAUUGGAAGGGGUCUACCGAGAACUGGAAGAAGAACGUGGAAAUCUGGAACGUUUACGUAGAGAGGCGGGAACGCGUGCGGAUCAAGAUCGUAAUACGAUCAAUCAACUUCGUGACGAAAUGACUCGUCUCCGGGCUCGUUACGACGAAACUAAGCUCAAAGCGGAAGAGGAGAAAUUGAGACUCGAUCUCAAAGUUGAGGAAGUAUGGAAGGAGAAAGAGAACGCCCAACGAGAAACCGAGGAGCUUCAGGUGCAACUGCACAUGGCAGAGGACAAGGUUGAUAGCCUGACCAAUCAGUUACAGGAAACAACCAGAAGACUGAAAGAAGCCGAAAACUCCAUCGAAAUGUUGCGCAAAGAGCUGGUCGACAUCCGUCGUCAAUUAACGGACACAAAUUACGAGAAAGAAAAAUACAACAGCAGUAACAAAGAAUUACGGGAAUACGUGAAACGUGUUGAAGGUGAAAAACGGGAACAGGGCAGGGGACUUGAGGAAGCCUAUCAAAAAAUUGCUGGACUGGAAGACCUCAAGACAACUAUUGACAACGAAAGGUCGCGCCUUCAAGUGCAGCUUCGGGACAUGGAACGCGAUGCGAUGCAGUCGCAACAACAGCUUCGAGCUACUCAGGAUGAGCUGCAAAAAUCCCAAGCUGCGAAUUCGCAAGCCCAAAAUGAAGAACGAGAACUGCAAGCGAGAUUGGCCAAUGAAACUGAGGAAAGAGAACGUCUGCAACUGCAACUACAUCAAUUGAAAAAACAGAUCAUUGAUUUAGAUAACAGUUUGGAAGUGACGCGACAAGAGCUUGGAAGAAUGCGGUCUCGCGGAGACGAAGAAGACGAAAGGUGGAGGAGCAGAGAACAAGAAUUACUAGUUCGACUAGAAGACAGUCGGUGCCGUGAAAGAAAACUGGAAGAUCAAAAGCAUAACUUAGAAGUUUGUUUAGCCGAUGCUUCUCAACAACUUCAGGAGCUCAAGGCUCGACUUGGUGGCUCUGAAGGAAGAGUCCGAGCUCUAGAUGCCCAAUUAUCUCAACUUGAAACAGCUAAGAAAGAAGUUGAACAAAAAUUAAGCAGCGUAGGAUCAACUCUUCGACGUAUUGCUGGUAUUCAACUCGACGGCAGCGUCAAUAUGCCUUUCAAAUUAAUGAGCCCUUCGCGAAGAUGGAGUCCCGCACGUGCAGGCCAUACCGAUCACGGAGAUGGCGGCCGAGACGUCAUUCUCGAUGUUGAUCCAGAAGCCGUUAGAAAAGGGGUUCGAUCUCUCAUGCAGCAAGUGGCUCAAAUUGAACGAGAGCGAGAUGAUUACAGAAUUGAAAUCAGCAGCGUUAAGAAACAGUUGACCGAAGCGCAAGAAAACCAAAAUAAAGGAGACUCAAAGGUCAAUAAUUUGAUCAGUAAUUUGCGAACUCUUCAAGAUGAGAAGAGCACGUUAGAAGCGAAACUUUCGCAAAAACAAGCCGCCUUCCAAGCUCAGGCGGAAGCGUUGAAGCAGAAAACCCAAGAAUCCGAACAAAUGCGGGAAAAAAUGACAACUCUUGAAUUAACGAUCAGUAGCGAAUCCGAAGGGAAAAGUCAAUACGAGGACAAACUUGAAAAAAUGCGACAAGCUCUAGCUAAGUUGGAGAACGAUAAGCGUAGCUUACAGGAUGAAUUAGGUCGUAAUGAAGCACGUUCCACCAAGUUGGAAUUACAACGUAUGUCUUUAGAAGGAGAUUUGCAGCGUCUGCAGAUGAUUCUGCAAGAAAAAGAGGGAAAUAUCCAGAAAUUACAUGACAGAUCUGAAGCCCAGAGCCGCACGGCAGCUAGUUUAGAAGAAAGAUGCGCCUCGUUAAAGACGACCAUCGAACAACUGAACUUGGCCUUAGAAAGAGCUUCUACCGGCGAAAGUGAUCUGAGAAAUGAGAUAAGCGUAUUGCAACGUAAUCUUAUGGAAGUUAACGCGUCGUCGCAGAGCAACAUCGAAAAACUGAAACAGAUGCAGAAGCAGUUAUCUAAUAGUGAAAACGAACGUCGAGUACUCUCCGAGAGACUAGACUCGACACAGCAAGCAAUGGCCGAAUUGAGACGCACAAAUCAAACUUUAGCCGAUCAGACAACCAGACUUCAAAAUGAAUUAGCCAAUAAUGAAGUACAAAGAUCUGGUCUCGAGGCGCAAUUAAGACUGGCGAGUUGGCCACCAGAAAAUUCGUCGAAUAAGGACGAAGAACUGGUGAGACAGUUGCAGAACGCGCAGCGAGAAAGAAGCGAAAUGAGAGGAAAAGUGGAAGCUCUCAACGAGAAGGUAAAAUCACUGGAAGCAGAAAAGCGCAACAUGGAGCGCCAGUUAUCGUCGUCGAGGGCUAGUAAUAUUCGUAGCAAGAGUUACGAGCGUCCAGAAAAAGCGCAGAUCGAGUUAAUGGGUUCUAAUAUUAGCACGGAUAAUUUGGAGCAAGAAAAUAGGGAGCUACGAAUGAGACUUCGUAGAGUGGAGACACAAUUAGCUGAAAAAGAAGCGGAAUUAAUUCGAUUGAGAACAUCACACGCUCAUUCCCAUUCUCACUCCCACUCGACGUUGGAUUUGAACAGAGAGAGAUCCGGCGAAAUGGAGAGAUUGAGAGCUGCGCAGCUACAGGCGGAAAAAUUACUCGAAGCAAGAGAACAGAGCCAUCGUCAACAAGUGUUGCGUCUCGAAAAUCAGAUACAAUUGCUGCGGGAGCAACUGAACCAAGAAAUCAAGCGUCGUCAACUCUAUGUAUUGCGCAGUUCUCGUGCUGGUAGAGAAAUGCAACAGCUCCGUCAAGCGCUGGGAGAUUCUCUGAGGACUGUAUCGCAGGAUCCGUCGUUGGAUGCUGUACUUUUGGAGCAUGAAGCUAGGAAAUUAGAUUCUACUCUUUCGAGCACGACUAGUUUACCACCCUCUUUAGCUUUACCUCCGCCAUCUUCAUACGAAAGAAGAUCUCCGACGCCAACGCGCCUGAAAUAAAUGAACUCGUAUCAUCGUCGAGGGAGGAAUAUUUGUUUAAUCGAGUAUACAUAUAAUGAAAGAUGAGGCAGCCGUGCUGAAAUGCGUUGAUCGAGAGAGCAUUGCACAAUAUUUAUUAUAUUGUAUAGCGGUACGUGUAUUCUUCGUUUGGGAAGUGCUAUGAGGCAUUCUAGGAUAGUUGAGGAUACAUUUAGAGUUUGUUCUCUCUCGAUGCUCGGUAGGCAUCGCAGCCGAAUAAUUAGUCAAUCUGUUUUGAAUAACAGAAGUAGAUGACCGUAGAUAUCAUUUAAGUUUUGUUGUUAUUAUUGUGAUUAUUAUCAUUAUUACGAAGAUAUAAGUAUUAAUUAUUAUAAAUGGUCACGCAAGUGUUAGAUUCCAUAUUGUUUGAUAUUUGUUUAUUUUCUAUCUACAUUAUAUUCAUUACGACCGAAUAGUAUAUCAAAUUUUUAUCAACUGGUACACUACGUUUAAUCUAAAGUCAAUUAGAAUCAAAAUUGACAUUCAAUUUCAUAACUUACAGUCAAUGAUUUUAUUCCACUGCAGGCUUUUUGCAUUUACAGUAUAAAAUAAUCUACGAGACUAUAGAUUUUGUUACGCUGUAUGAUAAUAGAAAAAAAAAAAAUGAACGGAAAAAUUUUUACAUGAAAAAGAUAUUGAAAACUUACACUGCUGUCGUUGAACAAAAAACGUCGUAUUUGGGAAUGCCCGACAAAAUCGUUACGUCAGAAUCAUUUUUAUACUUAUUUUACUCCACGUCCAAUUUAAGAAUAAUUAUAUUUGUACAAAUUUGUGGAUUCGGUUGAAAUCCUGCGUAUUAUUUUUCGGAAGAAAAUUACGCCUUCAGUUUAUCGUUUGACACAAUGUUUAUGAAUUUGAAAACAUCUUGGUUGUCAUGAUAUCGAUACAGUGGAAAGCUUUUGCCAAACAGAAUGUACAUUAUACAGUGAGCAAAUGCUAUGUUUAGUCUUGUCCUGAGACCAAACUUUAUCAUCUGAGAAGAGCAUUAUAGACGUACUUAUACACAUCGUAGAUUUCUAUUCGCAAUUUUCAUUGCGUCGGUAAAUUUAACUCUAAUGGAUUGAAUUGUUUACGUCAAUGGUAGAUUACAGUCAAUAAAAAUUGUAAGCCAUAAUUAUAUAGGUGAAAGAUGUAGAUGGCAGAGAAUGGAUUGUGUCAGUUCUUUAAUAUUGAGAAUAUUGACAUCCAGUCCAACCAUGUAUCAUCUACUCAAAUUUAACUAUUCUAUUCGACUGUAUCGGCACAUGAAAAAUUCGUAUGAAACCAAAUAAACUCAAGUUCUCUUUCUUUU